UAAAUAAAGUUGAAUAGAACCUAAAUAUAAUGGAGAGUGGCUGUGUAGAAGAGACAAGCAAAACUAGUAGAGAAAAUAGUAUUAAAGAGCUAGGAAAAUCAGAAACAAGCUUAAAAAGUACAGGUAGCAAAAAUUCCAUACAAUUCAAAACCCAAAACUCCCAUGAAGGUGACAAUCAAAAACUUAAUCCAGAUGGAACAGUCAAAGUGCCUCACAAAAUAAUAGCAAACUGGAGGCAUGCCUGUGACCGCACAAAAGACAAAACCAAAGAUUUGCUAAAGAGGUGGAGAACUCUUCCGGAAAUCGAGUCCGAACACAGUAUGAAAAAAAAUGCACAAGGCGACUCCGAUAAGGAGGAGAGCCAAACCGAGAGCUGUGGAUGGAGUGUUCAUGUAUGGACAACUUGGGUUGAUAGAUUUAGCAUUGAUUCAGAUGUAGCAGAAGAAAAAGAGGGAUAUCAACUAACACCUGUACAAAAAUGUAAAUUUUCUCAUUUUUUCACAUGCCUUUUGGAUCAUGAUCAAGAUGAUUUAAUAAGUGAGCAAGAUUUCGAAACACUUAUAGAAAGACUAAGGCAUUUUGCUGAUUGGUCGGUUAAUUCGACGGAGUUUAAUAUUCUUCGUGAAGUUGAAAGAGGUUUUAUAGAAACUUUUUUACAUGAUAUAACUGAUGAUAAAAUGGGCUUUCAAGUGAAUGACCUAACGUACAUAACUAAGGAAGGCUGGCUCUACAAAUGGUCAGAGUUGAUAUGUGGUUCUAGAAAUUUAUCAGAUUUUCCCAUAUGGUUGCAAUUUUUCGUUAAAGUUUUGUUUCAAGUUAUUAAUAGAAGCGGCAAUGGUAUCAUCACUAGGGACGAAUUGAGCUCGUUUUAUUCAUCUGUGUUAUGUUUGGAUAGUGUUAAAGUGGGCGAAAUUUUGGACCAUGCAUAUCAAGCUAUGACCUCUAAUGGCGACCACCCUUUGAUAUUUAAGGCGUAUAGGCUUUGUUUCGCAAAUUACCUCCUGGGUAGAUACCCCAACGGGCCUGGUCAGUAUAUUUUGGGCGCGCCAACCACCACCAUGUCUUGCGUCAUGUUCCCUGUAGACUAUUCAGCGUUAAAUGCACAACCCGAAGAUUUAGAGCAGUAUGCGCCAGACCAAAGAUCCAAUAGACGUAGUGUUAUCGUGUGAUUUAAAAAUAAAAAACGAUAAAAUGCUACAUCUUGCCCAAUCAGCAUUUUACGUCAAAAAGUUCAGAUUUAAGGUAAAUGUUUUGUUCAAGUUACCUAAAAAAUCCAAUCCAAGUCAAUAACUUGUAUAAAACCCUCUACAGGUACUAAGGUUUAUGCUGCUUGGGUGUAUAGCUACACCACCACGUGCACAUUAAUAAGCAAUACUUUUAACACAAGUGCACUCUUCUAAAAAAUCAAAUUCUAAAAUCUAUGUGAUAUCUUUGUACAUUGUUAUUGUUAUUAUUACUACUUGUUAAUUGGUUACUGUUAAAUUGGCAUUUAACAUCUUACCAGUCAAAUUUCCAAAUCCCAACAAUAUUGCACACAAUUUACCCUAUAAGGCAAUUUUUAAGUAAGGUGUCUUACAGAAUCCAACAAAUAAUAUUUUCAUUAAAAACUGCCCUUUUCAAUGUUGCAGUUUUUAAAUGG